AUAUCUCCCACCCCCCCUCCCCCCAAAUCCACUCCCAUCAAUUUCUACAAACACCCUCCAAAUUAAUUAAGCCAUGCCAAGACUUGCCCUUUACUUGCUGCUGCCACUCCUCCUCCUCCUAUCCUUUCACAGCACGGCGGAAUCUGCCGCCUUUCCCCCAGAUCCAGCCGCCGUCGCCGCUGCCGCGAACUUCAUCAGAGUCUCAUGCAGAGCCACCCGCUACCCGGCCCUGUGCAUCCACAGCCUCUCAACCUACGCCCCUAAGAUCCGGCAGAGCCACAAACAACUCGCCCAAACCGCCCUCGCCGUCAGCCUCGCCAAGGCCAGGUCCGCGGUGGCGUCCGUCUCCAAAAUGACCAAGCUCUCUGGGAUGAAACCCAUAGAGCGCCAAGCCGUGAAGGACUGCGUAGACACCAUGGCGGACUCGGUGGACCAGCUCGGCAGCUCGCUGCGAGAGCUCGGCCGUACAGGGCCCGGCGGCAAGGAGUUUACCUGGCACAUGAGCAACGUCCAGACGUGGGUCAGCGCCGCCCUCACCGACGAGAACACCUGCGUCGACGGCUUCUCCGGGCCGGGCAUGGACGGGAAGGUGAAAGCUGCCAUAAAAAAAAGGGUCGUUGGCGUCGCCCAGGUCACUAGCAAUGCGCUUGCUCUGGUGAACCGCUUCGCCGCCCGAGCCCGGCACGGGCCUCGACCUCGCCAAGCCGCGGCCGCCAGGUUGCCUUGAGAUGUGGACCCAAGCUGGUGUUAUAUAUAUAUAUAUAUAUAUAUUAUCCAGAGCUGGUUUUUGUGAUUGUGUGGGUGGGGUGGGUACGUUUGGUAGGUUCUAUGUAUUGUACGAUGCCUGAUCUCACGCUUGAGUUAAUGACUGUUGUUGUAAA